AUGCCGCAGAAUUACGAUUAUGACGAGACAAGUACGACUUGGCCAUUCUUCGUGCUUACGGUGUUGCUGGUGUGCGUAGUUCCUGUUACAUGUGUUGAGAUAUAUAAACUUGUUGCUGGUGAUUCGAGUAGUCCUGAUUCCAAGUCGGAAUGGGCACGUUUGCACGAGAAGUACACGCCAGAAGAGGUGAGGAAACAGAGACUGGAGAACAAAAAAAAGCGGUCAAAGAAGGGUAUUUAUUUUGCGACUGUUGGCUGGGUAUUGAUUUCCGCAUUGGUGUACUAUAUUCAAAAGAAUGAUGCAAUCUACCAGAUUGCGGCUAGCACCUUUGAUCCCUAUGAAUUGCUUGGAGUCUCGCUCUCUUCAACCGACAAAGAGAUCAAGUCUGCUUAUAGGAAAUUAUCGGUCAAGUUUCAUCCAGACAAGCUUUCGAAGGAUCUCAGCGAAAGUGACAGGUCAGCUAUGGAGGAGCGCUUUGUGAUGAUUAACAAGGCUUACAAGGCAUUGACUGACGAAAUUACUAAGGAGAAUUACAAGAAGUACGGUCAUCCAGACGGUCCACAAUCAACUUCUCAUGGUAUUGCAUUGCCAAAGUUCUUGGUAGAAGGCUCUGCUUCGCCAUUUGUAUUGUUUGCUUACUUCGUAUUGUUAGCUGUAGUGUUGCCCGUAAUGGUGGCUAAGUGGUGGAGUUCUUCCCAAGAAUACACAAAGCACGGCAUCCAUUCGGAAACUGCGUCUCAUUUUGUGGACAAGUUGUUCAACUUCAAACCAUCGUAUGUUGUCGUUCCUGAUUUGAUCAUCAAGUGGAUUUCCGAAGCAAAAGAAUACCAAUUGAAGUACCCUGAAUUGACCCCAGAAGAUGUUAGCAACGUUAUACAUGCCCAUAUCAACCGGGAGGCAAGCAAACAUGAUUAUGCUAAAAAUUACAUUAUCACAAAAUCUUCAUUAUUAUUCCACCAAUUGAUUGAAAUUGCUUCUACUUUUAGAAAUACGGAGGUAGCGUUAAUGGCACUUGAAACGUAUAGAUCGGUUAUCCAGUGCACACAAUUGUCUCUACACUCACAAAUUUUCCAAUUACCUAACGUCAACAAGGAACAUUUCUUAGACUCUACCACUGAUGAUAUCCGCACUUUGGGUAAACUCUUCACAUAUCCAGAUGAACAAAUAAGCAAAAUCUUGGGAAUACAGGAUAAAGAAGCUUUAAAAGAAACCCUAACCGUUGCUUCACGUAUUCCAAAACUACAACUUCUCAAAGCAUCCUUCAAAGUGCGUGGAUCUUCACUUGAAACAGUCGAGCCAGGUUCCACUCCUCAUAUCCAAGUGAAGGUGUUAAUUCGCUCCCCAAAACACAAGCUUUUCCCCAAAUCCUUAAUUCCGGAAGAAAAGUUAUUGGGUGAUGACCCAUUAAUGUUAGAACAAGAUCCAUUUGAAAAAAUGCUCGAAGAGCCUUUAUUACCUGAAACUUUUGCUCCUCUACAUCCAACAAGAAGACGUACUUGUUGGUACUCAAUCGUGGUAUCGCAAAAAGAUGGUAAGAUCAUUCAAACCCCAAGCAUAACCCAAAGACUAUCAGUGGAAAACCUAAAUGUGGACUUCGAUAAAAGAAUCGUGAAAGAUGUAGAAAAAGAAUUCAAGGCAGAUGAUUGGGUUGUAGGAACCAUCUCAGUACCUUUUGCUCAACCAGCACCACAAGAUGAAGGCUCUUACUUUUUCAGAGUUGUAAUCAAGUCCCCAGAUUAUUUUGGUUCUGAUUUAGAUUUCACAGUUCCUCUAGUUGUCAAGAGAGCCCCAGUAGAGGUCGACCCUAAGAAAGAAAUACUACAUGAAUUGGGAUCCGAUGAAGAAGAGGAUGAUGAUGCACAAGACUCUGCGGAAGAUGAAGAUGAUUCCGAUGCCUCUGACGAUGAAUAUGAUUCCGAUAUCACCGACAUAGAUACGGAUACUGAAGAUGAGGACGAAGAAUCAGAUGCCUCCAAUGAUGCACCUUCGCCAGACAAUGAAAAAGAAGUCAAGAAAGACUAA